ACGAUGUAUGAUUAAAACAAAAUAAUCCUUGUCAUGUUCAUUUGAAAGUAAAAAGCCAGAAUAUUUACGAGUAUCGGCGCCGACAAUCUGAUAACAACAAUCCCGUCAUUCGCUUUGCGUCGACUCCUCAGUAACCUUAUCAGACGCAAACUGCCUAACACUUCAACUGUCUUCAUAUUUGAUCAAGGGAAUGCCACUGUUUACAGAAUAUUGAAUCCGGUGACUAUCUCGGGCUCAACAAUCUCUAUGUUUGACAUUUAACAGAAAUGUCUAUCGACAUAACGAUGUUUGUAAUUACCAGCCUUUUUCUGCUUGUAAUCCUGAAGGACUGCUCAGGCCAUAAAAUCGAAGGAUGCAGUCCUCAAUCGCCUAUGGGAAUGAAUGCAACUACAAACACUUUUGAAUGUGUAGACAUUCCGCCUGGUCAUCGUGUGUUAUGGUAUGUCAGAAAAAAGUAUCCUAAUGAUGAACACAUUGUAAUAGUCGCCAAAGUUGCGGAGUGUACUAUGGAACGUAAGGGCUGCAAGAAAUACCUGAACAAUGUCAAAGCUUUCAAAAAAACCGCGACUUCCAGCGUGGCGAAAAUCUUCUCACAAGAUAUGUCUGCCUUCUUGAGCAUCGGGUGUAUGGUUUACACAGAGCGUUCACUGAUGAUGGACUACACCUGUGACUUAACAUCAAGUGAUGUUCCAUCCUUCACCUGCAGUUUAACUCAACAAACAGACCAUUCCAUGUCAGCAGUCUGCACUAUUUUUAAGAUUUACAUACUAAGCCGAGACUACAAAUGCAACUUUAUUCUGACAUUGCAGGAUGGGACAGUACAGACGAUCACGGGCACGUUUCUCAUGACGACGGAACAGACGGAGGGGCCCGCCACGGGCACGUGCUCUGGCCAUAACUUGCCUCGUAAAGAGCACAUUAAACAAGUGGAAGGAAUUUUUCUCCCUGACGACCUACACGCCAUUGCUAAUUUCCAAGACUAAUGAUCAACAAACCUUUCAAAUACCAUUGUAAAAAAGUCAAACUGGUUUAAGUAGUAGUAUACUGUAAUGCACAAGAAAAAUGUAACAACAUUGACAGUUUCAGAAGUGUAGGUAGUCUAAGAAACGAGUCUUCUUAUAGAUGUAGAAAAUACUGGUCAGAACUUCUUAAAAUAUAGUCACUAACAAAACCGAUUAAAAUCACUCGCCAGUAUAUAUAUAUAUUUGUAUAUAAAAUAAAGUCGUACACACACCACCAUUCCACACUGAGUGAUACACUGUUUACACUUACAGGACACAACUAAGAACAUACAUUAAAACAUAUAGGAUAAAAAUGAACAAGAAUAUGAGACGAUGUUAUUGUGUAUCGAUACUGAAUGUUUUGUUAUUGCUUUUCUGACUUAAGUAGUGUGUAUCUCUAAAAUAUUUAUUAUUUCGUAUUAUCUGUUUCACACCAUUGAUUUUAUUCUUUUAUUGUUUAUAUUUAAUGUGAGAAGCUUUUUCAGCUCGGUGCACUUACUCUUGUGUUUAUGUAUCUAUAAAAAUAUUUUAAAAAUUUUAAUAUUCAACAGUAUGAAACGUUUGCUCUUAAGUAAAUUAAGAAAAUAAAGUGGCAUUACUUUUUUAUUUCACUUUUAUAGACAAUUUUAAAACGUCUUAUAUUUUGACAGUUUUAUUGUUUUAAACCUUUAUAAAGUGAUCCUUCGUUUUGGUAAUAAACUUUGCAUCUAAA